CUGCAACCUCAGACCGUUUUCCUCUGUUUCACUUCUUCUUCCCUUCUUCUCCUCUCCUUGACACACGUUGAACAACAUCACCCAAGGGCACUGAUACCACCGAGAAUCUGCCUAUCAACGCUUGUAUGUAUUGUACAUCCAAGCGAGACCUUGAAACUAAGUGGCAGUACCUGAUUCACCAGACCCUAUCCCUUUUCACCUGUGUCGAUCAGAAUCCACGCACGGGUUGAAGCGAUACACUGUUUGAUUCAUCGGUCCCGAUGCCACAAACCUCGAGCAUCCACAGCUUGUAAAUGUUACACCCGCCCGCCAAUCUCCCGUCGCCAUUCGCCCCCGGAUUCGCCCGAGCCCCCGAUGUCAUCGCCCCCCAGUCCAUCGCAGCGGUAGCAGGAACGAGUCUGCCCUACUUGCGCGACCACCCACCCUUCCGAGUCGGCGUUGACCACCCGGCCCCCGACCCGGCAGCGGCGGCGGCGGCAGCCAAAGAAGCUGCCACAACAGCAGCAGAACUCACCUUUACCACCCCGACCCCCACCUCACUCACCUCUACCCUCCCCGUAGUAGUAUCCGUAACCAUGACGCCACCACCACCACCUCCUCCCCCUCCGCCCCCAGGUUCCCUAGGCCCGGAACACGGCCCGAUGGGCUCGCAGGACAACAACCCGACCGAGUGCCGGCUGCUGGGAUCCUUUGCGAUCCUGGUGCAGCUCGGGCUCGGCGCGCUCGCGCUGCUCUCGCUCGUCUACAAGCGCUGGCGCGAGCGGCCCCAGCGGCCCCUCCGCGUCUGGUCCUUUGACGUCUCCAAGCAGGUCGUCGGCAGCGUCCUCGUGCACGCCGCAAACGUCUUCAUGUCCCUCCUGACCAGCGGGCGGUUUUCCAUAAAGCCUGCUGUCGUUGUCGGUGGUGGUGGUGAGGCUGGUGCUGCGGUGGUUAGGCGGGCGGUUCGGUUCGCGGUUGGCGGGGUUAUGGGCUUGCUUGUUGGUAGGGCGGAUGGCGGGGAGCAUGCGGAUUCUGGCGGUGGCGGGGGGGAGUAUGUACCGAAUCCGUGCUCGUUUUAUUUGUUGAAUUUGGCUAUUGAUACGACCAUCGGCAUCCCGAUCUUGAUUGUGAUUAUCCGGGUCAUCACCCGCCUCGUAACCUUCACACCCCUCGGCCAGCCGCCGGAGUCGGUCCAGAGCGGCCAUUAUGGCAACCCGCCGAAUGCGUGGUGGUGGGUCAAGCAGAGCGUCAUCUACUUUUGCGGGCUGAUGGGCAUGAAGUUCUGCGUGCUAAUCAUAUUCAUGAUGCUACCAUGGCUGCCUCACGUGGGCGACUGGGCGCUGGGCUGGACCGAGGGCAACGAGAAGCUGCAGAUUGUCUUCGUCAUGAUGCUGUUCCCUCUCAUCAUGAACGCCAUGCAGUACUACAUCAUCGAUUCCUACAUCAAGAAGCAGGAGGCACAGGUUGAUGGGGAAGCCGGCGCGGGCACGAAUGAGGCCGUGGUCUAUGAAGAGCUCUCAUCGUCGGAGGCUGACGAGAGCGAUGAGGACGCGGACGAGGACGCGGACGAGGACGCGGCAAAGACUCCGGGCAGCGGUUCCCACGUGCGCAUGGCGAGGAGAGACAGCGCGACGGAGCGCCCCAGUCGUGACUUCGAGUACGACCCGGCCGUUGAUGGCGAUAGCCAAACCGUCAUUGGCAGCAACUCGAGCCGGACCUCGAAUAGAGGGGUGCUACCCAAGGAACUGCUCCCCCCGGAGUGAGUGUGGGCAGAUGGUACAUUCUACCAUAUUGAAGGGCCUGGGAUGAGGGAUCACAUAUCUUGGACUGACAUCACUAUGGAUUGCAUUGCAUUUUUGUUUCGGCGAACGUAACUAUCUUAUUUCCUUUAUUGUCUUCUAUACAAUUACAGGCAGGCGUCUGGGCUUGAUAUCUUGGAUACAGAUAUGGGUAUAAUCUCUCAUGCUAGCGGGGCUGAUUGGUCUGGGUCUGGUUCAUAGCGGCUUUGGUUAGACUUCACUAUACAUACAAUUCCUGGCUUUGCUGCUCCACCCGGGUGGUUGAGGAGAUAGCGGAUCAUUCUCAAAGUAAACGUGGAUUCGCUUGUGUCUUUUAACCUACCUAUGAGGAUACGUACCAUUCGGUCUCCCGCUCCUAGUACGAUUCCUAUCGUCCAGUGUGUAUCUAAGAAACUAGGCUUGCUUGGUGUAAAAGGGCUG